AUGGUUUCUGGUAGUCCUAAAGGCCAACACCUAGACAUAGUCAAGCAAACUGGUAUGUCGGUGAUGGAUUAUAUUCAAUUUCGAUUUUUAUAUAACAUCACUGAGAGUAAAGACGGAAACAUAACAAAAUUUGUGUAUAUUGAAGACUACAAACAGAACAUGUCAUGGAUUAAUUAUUUUAAAAUACAAGAGUGUGAGACGUUUCCUCUGCCAAAUGGGAGUGAGCCGGCAAGCAGGUGUACUUCAGAUAAUGCACAAUAUCUCGGUCAAUUCAAUACCCCUGGUGACGUGCUAGUUAAUAGGUGGAAGUAUAAAUACCAAUUUUACGUACAAAAGGAAGAAAAGACACUAGAAUUUACCGUGAACGGAUGUAUACUAACUGGGAGCGUCUUCGUUG